AUGGAUUUGGAUAGAUCUGGAAUGAGUGCGGAUGAGUAUUACGUGACGGCGCUACAAAUAUUUCAUUAUUGUGGCGCUGAAAGUACGAGCACGCUUCGUGUUGACAGUUUGAUGGACAAAUUCGCACCUUUCGUAAAAACUAACAAGGCUGAAUUUAGCUUUUUGAAAUCUUUUAUGGAUCCUGAUGAUGAGAAUCCAGAAAUUGAUGUAUCAAUGUUAGCUAAAACCCUACACAAGUACACUGAGAACCAGAAGUCUAAAGCUGAUAUGGAUGAAAGUUUCAACCUAAAGAGCGGUGCUCCACAGGAUUCUGAUUCGGGCAUAUCUACAGAUGGAUCUCAAUUGCUGGAGGACCUGCAGUGUGAGCUCCGUGAAAAGGCUCACCUGGCCCACCAGCUGCGGUCACAGCUGGACUUCACGGACAGACAACACGAGGAGGCCCUCGCAGCACUCACUGCUGAACGGGAUGCGCUGAGGACUCAUCUUAAUAUGUUGCGCGAAGAGAACGCGUCGCUGUCUCAAGCUCGGCAGGACUAUGAGGAAGCGAGCGAGCGGCUGUGUACCAGCGAGCGUUCGCUGGAGGAGACUCGCCGGGAACUGGACGCCGUCAAACGCCGCUCCAAGGUCAUGCUCGAACAACUCAACACACUCGAGAAUGAGAAACUAACCCUACAAGAGCUGCUAACAAAGUCGAAGGCGGAGUGUCACCGUAUAAACGAGAUGUACGCGGCGCGCCAGUCCGCGCUGCUGGAACAGAACGAGACGCUGCGCUCCGAGCACGCAGACCUCGCCGCCAGGCUGCAGGACCAGGACGAGUUCGUGCAGCAAAUGAUUAAGGAGAAGGUCCUACUAGAAAUGGAGUUAAAAGAUGUCCUGAACAAGUCGAAUCAGACCCAACUACGUUUGGACCGCAGCAUCGACAUCAGUUACACGGAGGAGCAAAUGUUAACCGCACUAGACAGUCUUAAUGCUGACACUAGGUUCUCAUCAGAAAACCGUAUCCUUGACGAAGAAUCAUUCAUAAACGCGUUAAAAGAAGACCAAGGACGAUGCACGAACAUGUCGUUAUUUGACGAAAUACGUUACAGCUUCUGUAACAUGUCCAAACACAACAACACAGGCUCCAACAGUAUUUCAUACGAUAAAAACUUCGAUUUUAACAUGACUAUUGGAACCCAAACAGACGAAACUAAACCUUAUGACUGUGCAGACAAAGUUGAAUCAACUGGAAUGGGUACGCAGACUGAAGAAGUAGUUUCAAAUAAUAAUAAUAAUAAUGUACAAAUACAAUGUCUUGAAUGUGUAAAAAUGAGUCGUUAUACGGAGAAGUUGGAAUUGGAUGUAAAUAGGUCACACAGUGCUCUGUCAGAGAUGCAAGUAGAAAUAGAGAACUAUGAAGGUAAUUUGGACAUGCUUGAGCAGUUUGUUAAGGAAGGCAAUGAGAGGAAUAAUGUAUUGCAAGCUAUUAUAAAGAGCUUGGAGAUGAAGAUCAGUUUGUUGGAGGUGGCGUGUGAUAAGCAAAGAGAUCGCUUGGCCAGUCUAUCGCCAGAUUGUUGCGUCCAUACACAAACCCAGUCGGACACGGAGUCGGUGGCUACACAAGUGGACGUGCCUUGUAUUGAGUGUGAGAAACGGAACGCUGUCGUACCACAUCGCAGUCUUAGGAAAUUCUUUUGGGAGUCCCUGAAGUGCCUGUUCCAGUUGUUCGCGGUGGUGUGCUUCGUGUGCGCGGUGUGGGCACUGUCGGGCGUGUCGCGCGGUCCGCCCGCCUGCCCGCGCCGCGCGCUGCCCUGGCGCUGGCUGCAGCCGCAGGACAUCAUGGACCUACUGCUCAGGAUAGAAUACGUCGCUGAUGUACCCAUGUGA